AGAGGAGGGCCAAUCUUGUAUUGGUUGCUCGAAGAGAGAAUAGGCUCCGAGGGAUUGGUGAGAAUGCUGGACGGCUGGGCGCAAGUCACGUGAUGAUAACUGCUGCUGAUGUUGUCAAGGAAGAUGAUUGUAGGAGGUUCAUCAAUGAGACCAUAAACUUUUAUGGGCGUGUGGAUCAUCUAGUAAAUACAGUCAGUCUGGGACAUACUUUCUACUUUGAGGAAGCCAACGAUUCAUCUGUGUUUCCCAUUUUGAUGGACAUAAACUUUUGGGGAAAUGUGUAUCCUACAUACGUUGCUCUUCCAUACCUGCGACAACACCAUGGUCGAAUCAUCGUUAACGCUUCAGUUGAUAGCUGGCUACCUUUGCCAAGAAUGAGCUUAUAUUCUGGGAAAAUUCAUGCUAGAGGAAGGUGCAGAGAUGCAAUGGAAAGAAGAAAGAGAAGUUCAUGUGCCUGGUGAUCCAGUGGAGGAGUUUGCGAGGUUAAUCGUUUCUGGGGCAUGCCGAGGAGAUGCUUACGUGAAGGUCCCGAGCUGGUAUAACAUAUUCCUUCUAUAUAGGGCGUUUGCACCAAAUGUUCUGAAUUGGACAUUUCGCUUGCUUUUUGCGGAUCACCCUGCAAGAAAAACUUCCUUCAUUGGCACGGGCAAGCCUCUUCUGGAGUCACCCACUUCUAAGAAACCUAUUACGAGUCCCUAUACAUUCGCCCAAGUCGCUCUUCAACAGCAGCAGAAAAUGGAGUAGAGAUGUCACGUACCUGGAUUUUGCAUUUGUUAAUGUUAAUUUGUUUUCUGUUGGGCUUGUGAACUUUUGUCAUAAACCAUUGUGAGAGUGCAUAGAACAAUUCAAUAGGUUGCUCAGAAGAACUUUGGCUGUAGUUUCUAAAUAUGGAUCUUUUCAAUUAAUUGUAAAAUGAAUUGGAAAAAAAAUUAAUCGUAAAACCAG